GCGUAGGCGUGCCCUACUUAAGCACGGCUCAUCUUAUGGAGGCAUCCUAGAAGGGCAUACACACUCUCUCUCUUUCCUAGCAAAAUGUCAGUUUUAUCAUCUUCUUCCUCCUCAAGAACUCUGAAGAUAGGCAUACUAGGCUUUGGCACAUUCGGCCAGUUCCUGGCCAAGACUAUGAUCAAACAAGGCCAUAUUUUGCAUGCCACUUCUCGUACCGAUCACUCUCAACUCUGUCAUCAGAUGGGUAUCUCAUUUUUCAGGGACCUAGGUGCAUUUCUUGAAGCUGAUAACGAUGUCAUAUUGAUAUGCACAUCGAUUUUAUCUCUAUCCGAGGUCCUCAAGUCACUGCCACUAAAUUUCCUAAAGCGACCUAGGCUCAUUGCCGAUGUUCUUUCUGUCAAAGAGCACCCAAGAAACCUCCUAUUGCAAGUGUUGCCGGCAGAGAUGGAUGUGCUUUGCACUCACCCUAUGUUUGGUCCAGAGAGCGGAAAAGAUUCAUGGAAGGAUCUCACUUUCGUGUUUGACCGAGUUCGAAUAAGGGACGAGGAAACCUGCUCCAGCUUCCUACAAAUCUUUGAAAAGGAGGGUUGCAAGAUGCUUGAGAUGUCUUGCGAAGAACACGAUAAAUUAGCAGCCAAAAGCCAACUUCUUACUCACAUAAUUGGCAGGGUUUUAUCAGAAAUGGAGAUACAGUCAACACCCAUGAACACUAGGGGAUUUGAGACACUUAUACAAUUGAAAGAGAGCACCUUAAAGAAUAGUCUUGAUCUGUUCAAUGGGUUGUUCAUCCAUAACAAGUUUGCUAUGAAAGAGCUGGAGAAUCUACAAUUUGCCUUAGAAAAGGUCAAACAGAGGCUGCUGCAGAGGAUGGAGAAGACGUGUCUGAAUGAGUCUAAACAUUGAUGAAAAUUAGGCUUAUUCACAAGACUGUAUUGUAAAGGCACUACCUAGCUAUCACUUUCCAAGGUAGCUUUAUAAAUCAUUCAUAAGCAAAUAUUCACAUCUUCAUUUCAGUUUGAAUACAUUGUAAGUGAAAGGUUGUUUUAAUAAUAAUUUCUCUUUUUUGGUAA